CUUGUUCACUUGAUAUGUAUUCAAUGAGAGUUAAACGUUUUAAUUAAUUUAAAAUGGCGAGAUUUAUUUGCUUUUGGAUUUCCCUCAACAUAUUUCUGUUUCAAUUUGAAGCAACAACCAACACGGAUCUACCAGGCGAACCCCUGUUGAAGUCUAGCCCGUCGUGCUACCAACUACAAGCUUCAGAGUAUCUGAUGGUCGCCAGAUGCUUGUCACAAAAGGUCAUUGCGAUGCAGUCAGUCACUGUUGCCAUCAAACCCACGACUGAUAAUUGCCUGCUCAGUGAUUACAAUUACGAUCAUUUGAACUUCUUUGAAAGUCCUUGCUGCCAGAACACUACAGACGACGACUGCAUGUUUGAUGAUCCUACGUUUAAAGGUGGUUCGCUUAUGUCUUCCUGUAAUGGCAGACAAACGUGUUCAAGAACUCCGCAGUGGUAUAUAGCAACUGACAUCCCUAACUCCGCAGGGUGCGUGACUGGUGUAUAUCCGAUGCAGCCAGAUAAUUAUAUGCAUCUAAAUUACCACUGCAUCGAGACUUCUAGAAUAUAUGCUAUUUGUGAGGAAAGCCACGCCUCCAGCAACGAGACGCUGUUUGUCCAGAGUCCAGGCUACCCGUCCAGCAUUCCGAACCCCCCAUCUCCCACGCAUUGUUCAUGCCUGGUCCAAACAGACAACUGUGACUCUGGGAUUGACGUAUAUCUUGUCGAAAUAACGCUUACCAGCACACUUACGUCUGGAAGCUGUUCGGAGUCCCAGCGACUGCAAAUCUUUUUCCCAGACGGAGCGUUUAUUUUCACGUGCGAGAAUAACACCAACCAAGUCAUAAAGCAAACUGUUGAAAGUCCGUUCUUUCUGGUCAAUUUUACAUACUCCCUUGGUGACGGAAAAUUCUGGAUCGGAUUCAAACCUACAUCUAAUGGUAACAUCACAAUAUCAUGCCCUGUCGGAGACCAGGUUUCUACAUUUUGUGCGGGGAAUAUCACAAUAACGACGGAGGAACCACCUGUGAACAGUACAAACAGUGACAUACCGGGUCCUUCAGAUGGAUACAAGAAGGCCGUAAUUGGGCUGAGUGUUGUUCUCGGACUAAUCCUCCUUGCUUGUCUAUUAUUAGUAAUAGCAAGGAUAUGUCAUACUCCAACCAAAUGGUCAAAGAAAAUAGACCCGAAUACAGACACUUCAAUCGUAGUUGACAUGAAGGACGUAGGUGUGAAUGUAUCUAGGCCCCAAACAAAGAACACGAGCACUGAAACAAUGAAAACAGUAUUUUCAAACAAAGAAACAAAAAGUGUGAUUAUAAAGCAGGAACUAAUAAGUAAAGGAAUAGAAGCGGAUAACACUAGUAUGACACAAACUCUUGCCGACAAGCACACGGAAGCGAAUAUAACGGGGCAAGAGAUGGAUGAUUUGCAAAGACUUAAACUCCAACAAGCUGAAUUGCAACAUCAAUCGGUUGAGAGGCAAAACUCAGCACAAAAUGUAGCUAUAAUGUCUGAGCCACAGGUUCGUGUGGUUACACCGACUUCUGUCAAAUUAUUUGAUAUGGUGACAUCUUCAGAAACAGCAAUGAACAAAACAGCAACACCAGAGAGUAAGAAACAAUCACGUUUAAAUAAUGACCAUAUGCUUGAAAUGGCGAAGAAAACAGAGAACGGAAGCAGAAGUACGAUUCAUUCAGCAAUACGAUUACCUCGCAGUGACUCAGCUUUUUCUCAAGAAAGGAUUUCAAUAGGCAAGGAAAUUUUGGUUUCAACGUCAGAAAGCUCUACUAGAAUAAAGAAAAUGAAUCGAAAUAGACUUGUGAAUCCAACGAACUUGGAAUAUCUGAAGCUGCAAACAGGAAUAAGCGAGAUAAAAAGACGAAAAGGAAUAAAGGAAAGGCAUAAAUUAGUAGGUGAUCCCAAAUCAUUUAUCAGUAAAUGGGAAACAACAUCUGGUGGUAAAAAGCUAGAAUAUGAUCAUGAUGAAUCUGAUAACAGCUCUACAGAGGUCGCCGACACUUCAACUCAUACUGAACGCGACCAAAAACACGAGGAGUCCAUGACGACAGAAGAAAGGAAACUGUAUAGAGUUCAAAAACGUGUUGCCAAUGCGUUUUUUGAAAACGAGAGAACAAAUGAAAAACUUCUUAAAAUGAUUGCAGGAAACUCAAAACCUAAAUCAGAAAAGAAAAGAAAGAAAAGGGGGAAUUAAAAAAAAGUCAUGAAACUCACAGAAAACCUGUCAUGUCCUUUUAAAGUGACACUCAAAAUCAAUACAUAAACAUGUAUAACAAACUUAAAUUUUGAGUGAUACACUUUUCACUACUUACUUCAUAAUGCAUCUAUGGAAAAUAUCAAUUACUGAUAACAAGAUUGUAGCCGUGUAUUUAAUGGUAAAAAGCGCAAAAAUAUUAAAUGAUUGGUGAAUGCUAAAAGAUUUACUGUAGUCUACUAUAGUCUUCUAAGGUAGAAAUACCAUGUUUUAUGCUCAUUUCUUUCAACAGGGUGUAUAUAUACCACGUGAUAAAUUGCGUCAUAAAUGUAAAAGACGAAAUGCAGUAUUUUGCUUCGAAUGAAGACUUUAAUCAAAUAUAUAACUUCACUUUUUCUUCACCAUUUUAAAUGAAACAUAGCGCAGUCUACGCUGCUUAUGGAGCCCCGUCUUCGGUCUUUUACCAGAGUUUGAUUGAGAGUUUGGUUUCUUAAAAACAGUUCGACAACCCUUUUCAAAAUACGGCCGUCUGACGGAGCACUAUCAAAACAUUAUUUUGAAAACAGGUUUCUCGAAGUGUUUGAUGAAACUAAUCACCUAAACAAAAUAAAACGAAGGCGAUUUUCUUAAGCGGCAUAGACUGCCCUUUGUUUUAUUUAAAAUGGUGUAGUACAAGAAAAGUUAACUUUUGAUUUAAGUCUUUAUUUUAAGCAAAAUGUUGCGUUCCGUUGUAGCAUAUAUGACGUAAUUUAUCACGUGGUUUACACACACUGUUUCAAAUAAAACUCGGUAUCCUUCAUAAGAACCAUUAUUUUCGACAUUUAUUCGCCCCUUUUGGAAUAUUAAAACACUAUUAUUGAUUGUGGUAAAUCUUACUGGGAGUAAGAGUGCAUCUUUUAAGUCAAGACUUAUUUUUUAUUACUAUAUUCAAUGAAUUAUGACAUUGCCAAUGUAGUAUGUGUUUCUCAUUCAGGAAAUGACCCUCUUAAUGUAUAAGAAAUGCUGCAGAAUACAAGGUACUGCGAAAAGAAUGUUUGUUAUUGGAUGUAAUCUGUUUUAUA